AUGGCGACGACGGAGAAAAACUACGGGCCGCUCUUCGACGUCGACGGCUUCUCCGUCAUCGAGCAGGACGAUGGAGUCCCGUUCCGCGCCCGGAACGCCCACAUGCACCGCACUUGGGCGCGCACCUACACGAGCCUGCCCGAGCUCUACAUCCAGCCCGAAUCGCAGGCCGAGAUUGAGAAACUGGUGAAUCUGGCCCGCAGGCAUCGCCGCCGCGUUACCACAACUGGCUCGGGACACUCGCCGUCGGACAUGACGUGCACGUCGUCAUGGCUCGUCAACCUCGACAACUUUAGCAAGGUGUUCUCCAUCGACAAGGAAACGGGUAUUUGCUCCAUGCAGGCCGGCAUCCGCCUCCACCAGCUGAGCGCCGAACUUGCCGCCGUCGGCCUGUCUCUGCCCAGCCUCGGCAGCAUCAACGAGCAGAGCAUCGCCGGCGCCAUCAGCACCGGCACCCAUGGUAGUAGCAUCCACCACGGCCUCGUCAGCGAGAGCAUUCUUGCCCUCAAGAUCACCCUUGCCGACGGCCACACGUACUCGUGCUCUCCCGUCGACAACCCGGACCUCUUCCGCGCCGCCCUGCUGUCCGUCGGCGCCCUCGGAAUCAUUACCGAGGUCACUUUCAAGGCUGUGCCCGCCUUCUCGCUCGCCUGGGACCAAGCCAUCGACGCCGAUGCCCGCCUUUUUGAGCAGUGGGACACUACGCUGUGGACCCAGGGAGAUUUUGUGCGCAUUUGGUGGUUCCCCUACAUGCGCCGCGCCGCGGUGUGGAAGGCCGACGUGGUGCCCCAGUCCGACAUCGACUCGGGCAAGGUCGCUCACCGCGACCCACCAAAGAGCUUCUGCGAGAGCCGCCUGGGCUAUUUUGUCUACCACAACCUACUCGCGCUGGCACGCUGGGUGCCAUGCAUCACGCCCUUUGUCGAGUGGUUUGUGUUUGGACUCCAGUACGGCUUCCGCAACGGCGACCGUACGCGCGUCAGCGCUGUCCAGCCCAGCCAGCAGGCGUUCCUGCUCGACUGCCUGUAUAGCCAGUUUGUCAACGAGUGGGCCAUCCCGCUGCACCGUGGGCCCGAGGCCCUCAAGCGGCUCGGCGCCUGGCUGCAGGGCCUGAAGCCCGGCGACGUCGGCUACGUCGACCACGGCAUCCCCUUCAGUUCCAAGGGGCUCUAUGUCCACAGCCCCAUCGAGGUGCGCGCCAGCAACUCAAACGUGCAUACCAGCGCCGCCGCAAACAACCGGCCUUUCCUGGACCCCUCGCCCAAGGACGGCCCCGCCCUCUACCUCAAUGCCACCAUGUACCGCCCCUACCAUCGUGACCCGACCUACGAGGCCACGAAGCGCUACUACGAGGGCUUUGAGUGGCUCAUGCGCGACCUCGGCGGCCGGCCGCACUGGGCUAAGACCUUUUCCGUGGCCCCCGAAGAGUUCGCCGCCUGGUACGGCGACGAUUUUGCCAGCUUCCGCCGCGUCCGCGACGCCGUCGACCCCAACGGUCUCUUUGUCGGCCCCUGGCAUCGCCGCUACCUGCUGGGUAGCACCCUGCCGGUCAACAAUGUGCUCGAACGCCUCCCGCUCGAGGAGGUCGGCUUCGUGACAGAGCCCGCUGGCCGCAGCGGCGGUCUCCUUGUCCGCGGCGCCCAGAGCAUUGUCGUGCCCAACUAG